AUGGUACGCACUAUUAGCCCCUGGUAUACGCCCAUAGACGUAAGCUCGAGACUCACCGAAACCCCAAUUUUAUCCAAUUUUCAGGUGGCACACUGGGUGGCCCGGGAGAUCCUGAUGGCCAGAAAGGCCGAGUUGCAGGUGCAGGUGCUAGAGAAGUUCAUUCGCCUGGCGAAUCAGUGCCUGCUUCUCAAUAACUUCAACACAUUCAUGGAGAUCGUCUCGGGUCUCAAUCACAACUCGCUGCAGCGGCUGAAGGGCCUGUGGGCUCGGGUGUCGGACAAGGCGAAGGAGCAGUGGCGCGAGAUCGACACGCUUAUGAGCCCACAGCACAACUUCAGGCACUACCGGCGUGAACUCAAGAAGCGGAAGACGCCCGUGUUGCCCUACUUUGGCAUCUAUCUGCGCGACUUCACCUUCAUCAACGACGGCAACCAGAAGUACCUGCCAGACGGCGCAAUCAACGGCAAGUAUGUAAAUUUGCUCUAUGAGCGCGUGAGCGAGGUGAAAACCUUCCAGAGCGUGUCCUACACACUGGAUUCGACCGGGCAGCCGGACGCCAAACAGUACAUCUCGUCACUCGCCAUGGAGAUCAUGUAUGACGAGGAUGAGUUGUACGCCCUGUCGCUGCAAUCGCAGCCCAGCCUGUGGGUGGAGCCGGCGAGCGAAGACACCACCUCGCAGGAAACCAGCACCGAGUCGAGCCAGGUCAAAUCGCGCAAGGGAAGCGGCUCGGAAAUGGGCCACGGGACUCUAAGGGCACGCCGUAACAAUCGCAGGUACAGC